CAGCUGGACCAUGACAGCAGGGUGGUGCAGAGGAGGCUGUACCUGGAGGCUCUGCUGCAGAUCACUCUGCCGUCUUUCAUCAGGAGGAUGGACAGCAGGUGGAGAACUGAGCUCCAGCAGUUUGAGCAGUACAUCUUCUCUGACUACAGCAGUUUUAUUCUGGUUCAGAACAUCUACGAUGACGUUCUGAGAAACAUCCUCAGUAAAGACAUAGAGACAG